ACUGAGGGGACCGGAGAAGAAGACACGGGAAGCGAGCUUGAGAGGGGAGGGGGGGGGUGAAGAGACUCAGGACAGAAGCUUCAGCGGCACCCGGCAGAAGACUCAGGUGCUGCAGAAAAAAAAAAUAAUCGUGAACGGGACAGCAAACCAUGACGAACGAAGGAGUCGAGGGCACGGAGCGGUUCCUGAGCCCGGGCAGCGGCAGAGGCCUGCGGGCGGUGAGGCACUUCUCGGCGGGGGAGCUGGUGUUCGCCUGCCCUGCCUACUCGUACGUGUUAACCGUGAACGAGAGGGCAGCGCACUGCGAGUACUGCUUCACCAGGAGAGAAGACCUUUUCAAGUGUGGCAAAUGUAAGCAGGCGUACUACUGCGAUGUCGACUGUCAGAGAGGUGAUUGGCCCAUGCAUAAGCUGGAGUGUGUAGCUAUGUGUGCUUAUGGGGAAAACUGGUGUCCCUCUGAGACGGUCAGACUGGUGGCUCGAAUCCUCAUGAAACAGAAAGUCACAACAGAGCGGACUCCUUCAGAAAGGCUGCUGCUGCUCACAGAGUUUGAGUCCCAUUUAGAUAAGAUGGACAGUGAGAAGGACGAGAUGAACCAGGCCGACAUAGCAGCGCUGCACCACUUCUACUCCAAGCACAUUAGUGACCUUCCUGACCAACAGGCUCUCAUUGAGCUUUUUGCACAGGUUAACUGUAAUGGCUUCACCAUAGAAGACGAAGAGCUCUCCCAUCUGGGAUCAGCUGUUUUUCCAGAUGUAGCACUGAUGAAUCACAGCUGCAGUCCUAAUGUGAUAGUGACCUAUAAAGGCACAGUGGCUGAGGUCAGAGCUGUCCUAGAGAUAAACCCUGGAGAUGAGAUCUUUAACAGUUAUAUAGACCUACUGUAUCCAACGGAGGACAGGAAAGAGAGGUUGUUAGAUUCCUACUUCUUCACAUGCCAGUGCACUGAGUGCACCUCCAAGUCUAAGGACAAAGCUAAAAUGGAGAUCAGGAAGCUGAGCUCUCCACCAAAACAAGAGGAAGUCCGAACUAUGGUCCUUUAUGCCAAGAAUGUCAUCGAGGAGUUCAGGAGAGCCAAACACUACAAGACCCCCAGUGAGCUGCUGGAGAUAUGUGAGCUCAGCCUGGAGAAGAUGGGAGCAAUUUUUGCAGACACCAAUGUAUACAUGCUGCACAUGAUGUAUCAGGCCAUGGGCGUCUGUCUCUACAUGCAAGACUGGGAUGGAGCUAUGAGCUACGGAGAGAAGAUCAUUCAGCCGUACAGUGUUCACUACCCAGCCUACUCUCUGAAUGUGGCGUCUAUGUAUCUGAAACUGGGGCGUUUGUAUCUGGGACUAGAGAAGAAGAAACAAGGAGUCAAAGCGCUGAAAAAAGCAGUUGCCAUCAUGGAGGUGGCUCACGGGAAGGAUCACAAUUAUGUAGCAGAAGUCAAACGAGAAAUUGAGGAGCAGAAGUAAACGAAGGAAGAGAGAAUUUAUGAGGAGCACUGGAUUGAGAAGACUCAAAUGUCACACUGCAUGCCUUGCAUCUUAUUGCCCUCUGGUUUUUCAUUGCCCACCCUUUUGUUUUUUACUCAGUUUCUUUUUCUAUGUCUACUUUGUGUUUUGUACCGGUUCCAAACCUUGUUUUAGGAGCAGACAAGUUUUUUUUUCUUUUGCAAAACAAAGGACCGUAACAAAUCUACAAAACUCAUUGACCGCUCAAAAAGGAGCACAUUAGUGGAAAAAUAAAAACUUAACAUCUAUCUUUUGAAGAAAACAAAGCUUCAAUUUUACAGCUACGUAAAAUCAGUUUUCUGAUGUAGAAUGAAUUUCCUGAAUGAAUGAAUCCUAAUCACUGUAGACCCCUCAACAGACCAUGUGUUCAUCAUGUAUGUCUUUGUUAGCAGCUUUAGCUGCUCGGUUGGGCCACAGAUUAGUUGUUCAAUAAUUUUUACUUCUGUAUAAACUGGGGAGUUGUUGAUUUGAAGGGCAUUGCUACCUUUUUCCGGGCCAAUGCAUUUUCAUUCAAAUCAGACUUUCUGGUUUAAUUAAUUGUUUUUAACCGUUCAUCAAAAAGCGUGAAUGACCAUGCAUCAGGUACUGUGUAGCAAAAGAGAAAUGAAUGCAAAGAACUUCUCCGGAGUGAGUAACCAUUUGUUUUAUUGGCUUGUCUUUAAAGAACCAGACAAAAUGAAGCCUGUUUAUGUUGAGGUUUGUUGACCAAAGGGGCCAUGGCUUUGACCGACCUCUCUAUUCAGUGUAUCCUAAAACAGGCGUGCUGAGGCCAGAGUGAAGGCAUUGGUACUGUGAGCUGACCCAUGAUCGUGGAUAAGAGCUUCUAUGCUCUCAGGAAAAAGGCUCAACACUGUAGCUUUUGUUGCCUUUUUUCUUGAGAUACAUUAUUCUACCUUUUUGUAGUGUUGCAAAUCCAGGUAGUUCUUACCUUGGGAAUGAAAUAGCUUAAGCAGAGCAGUGGACAGAAUAUUAACAUUCAGUGAUUCACUGAGCCACCAUCCUUGAUCAGUUUAUCUUCCUGUUUAAACCAUACUAUGGAGGAAAUGUACCAACAUGGCCACUUUUUUAGUAAGUAUUAACUUCAUCAAAUUCCUGAGGAGGAGCCUUCCCUGUGUUGACUUGACUGAAUCACAUAAACCGUAGACUUAUCUUGCAGUCUGAGUAAAAUACUUUAAAAAGUCAUCAGGAUCAUACCUGGGCCUCAUUUAAGGUUUUUUUCUUCCAAAUUGAACAAUAUUUGAGAUAAAAGGAUGUCAGCAAACCUUUAAAAAAUUGUUAAUUAUUACUACUUUGUAUUAGUGGAUAAUUGACCUGAAGACUUUAUACCACAGAGAAUAUACAGCCACACAUCUAAUCUUGUUUAACUAUGUGGCUUUACCCCUCUUGUUUACUGUGGAUGCCGUUUCAUUCACCACAUUGAUGUGGGUUACUGAUGGUUAAUAGUAGCCAACUGUAUUGACUUAAAUGCGGUCAUAUUUGUAGCAACUCAUGCAUGGGUGGCUUUCUUGUCACUUACAGAAAUAUGUCUAGAAUUACCGUCCCAUCCAAUCUCUUCCUCGUGUUGGUUUUUGUAUAUGUCUUUACAAAGAAAAGAGGCUUUGUCACAUGGUUUUCUCAAGCCAUAAAACAUAAUUUUUGAGUGCUAUAUUUAAUUCAUGGCUGGUUUCUUAACAUGCAAAUUAUUUUGUUUCCUGUGACUUUAUGAAAGAACCUGUGGCAUAAGGGUUAAAACAAACAUGCUAAACAUAUAAAACCAGGUGAAUGGCCAUGCAGAUGUUUUUGCACUUUUUUCUGUAAUGAGCUGUUACUUAAUCAGGCAUGGAUUUUAUUCUAUUGGAAUGCACAAACUAUAAUCUGGGCCUGUGAUUAUUUCUGUACCAGAUCAGUGGAACUAAAUAAAUGGUAGCAUUGCACUUCCUUUCAUAAAUACACUUCUAAUAUUAUAUUCUGUUCCUGUGUUAUAAAUGUUUGUGUUCCACCACUA